AUGCCAAAUAUUAAGAGUAUUUUUAAAAAGGAGCCUACUCCAGAUAUUUCAUCUUCUCCUUCAAGUACUGGAUUAUCCAAAUUAUUCCAUCGUCAUGAUUCAAAAAAGGAUCUGAAUACCCCAACUUCAUCAACAGCCCCUUCCCCAGUCCCUUCUAAUAACCGUAAUCAUAAUCACAACUACAAUCACAAUCAAAUCCAGAAUAAUGUUAAUACCAAUACAACAUCAUCACCUGUAGCUGUACCUUCACCAGCAUCACCACAUCCUGUUGCUGGCUCAACUUCAUCACCUAUUACUCCUCCACCUCAUUCUACUAUGAGAAGAGCUGCGUCAAUUAAUACAUUAAAACGCCGUAAUACAAACCCAAUCCAAUCUACAACUACAGCAGCAGCAAACAAUAAUGUCAAUCAUCACACUAAGGAUACCCAUACUAACGGCAAUAGUCAUACCCAUCAUUCCAGUAGUGGAACAAAUCUUCAUGCCCCGGGUUUUUUAAAUCGACACAGAAGUAAUUCAGAGAAGGGUCCUAUUCAUCCAGGUCGUAAAACUCUUUCAAAAGCUGAUACUUUUGCUCAUUUGAAUCAAAUCGAUACUAGAAAUGCUCAAAAACAACAAUUGAGAAGUAGUAGAGCUCCAAGUAAUCAUGCUUCUCCUGUGGGUCAUCAUGGCGAUAAAAUUGUUUAUAAUCCUUAUGGUCUUAACAAGACUGCUACUCAAGAACGUCCUAAAAAUACCAGUUUUUAUAUGUCUGGUAUUAAUGACGGAGAAAGAGUUUUAGCUAACCCUGUUGCUAGUCCAAAUGAUUAUUUACCUGAUUAUUUGAAACAAACUCAUAUUAAUUUAUUAGAAGAUUUUGAGAUUGAUGUUGGUACUAGAAAAUUAGGUGAUGGUGGAUCUUCAGAUGUCCGUAUUAUUAAUGCUUGUAACAACAAGAAGAGUCUUUUUGCUUUGAAAAGGUUUACUUUAUUAAGUAAAGAAACCGAUGAAGAAUUUUAUAAAAGAGUUCUGAAAGAAUAUGUUCUUCAUCACCAAGCUUCAAAAUCAAGACACGUGGUUGAUGUUAUUGCUAUUUUAAGAAUCCAAUCUCAAUCCAACUUGACUAGAGGUUGGGGUAUGGUUAUGGAAUUUUGUGGUGGAGGUGAUUUAUUUUCAUUAAUUGUUAAACCAGGUUGGAAAAAUACUUCAUUAGCUGAAAAAUAUUGUCUUUUCAAACAAAUUUCUUAUGGGGUUAAAUUUCUUCAUGAUAACGAUAUUGUUCAUCGUGAUUUAAAACCAGAAAAUGUCUUGUUGGAUGCUAAUGGAUUAGCUAAAUUGUGUGAUUUUGGUGUUAGUGAAUUUGGUCAUGAAACUCCUGGUGAUUUUUCAAGUCCAGUUAAAUUAUCCACUGCUUAUGUUGGAUCCCCACCAUAUUCUCCACCUGAAGUUAUGCUUUUAAAAGAAAAAUCUAGUACUGAAAUUAAAAAUUUUGCUUAUGAUCCAUUUAAAAUGGAUUGUUGGGGAUUAGGUAUGAUGUUAUUUUGUUUAAUUUAUGGUGGUGUUCCAUUUCAACAAUCAAGUCCAAAUGAUCAUGCUUUUAGAGACUAUAAGUUUAGUCACAAGAGAUUUUGUACUGAUCAUCAUACUUUUAAAGACAAUAUUGAAUAUCCUAAAGGUCCAGGUAGUGAAUUUAAAUUGGCUGCUAAAUUUGAAAAUACUGGAGCUUCAAGAGUUGCUUGGAAAUUAUGUGAUCCUUCACCUAAUACUAGAUAUAAUAUGGAUAUGUUGUUUGCAGAUCCUUGGUUUAAAGGAUUAGAAAUGUGUAUUUAUGAACAUCCAGAUCAAGAAGUUAAUCCAUUUGUAUUACCAGGUACUGGAAAUAAUGUUGACACUCAUCCAAGUUUUAGUUCUGGUUAUACUUCAACCACCAAUUCUCAAGUUCCUUCAAGAAGAGGUACAUUUACUUCAAGAAAAGUUGCUACUAAUAAUGGAUAUGAUAGUCAUGACGAAAGUCUUCAUACCCCAAUUAAAAGUAUGUUGGAUUUAACUGAUGUUACUGAUAAGGUUAACAAGACUACCCUUAAAGAAAAUAGUCAAUUUUUGAACCACAAUAAUCUUCCACCAACAACCAAUGGAAAUACUGCUGCUACCACCACCAAUGGAGAUGUUUCUUCAAGUAACGCUAGUCUUCAUUCACUUGAUGAUACAUCUAAUAAAUUGAAAUCAAGAUUAGAUCCAGGUGUUGCAAACAAUGCUCCAAUGAUUAAUGAAGUACUCUCAGCGGCAGGGUCAGUGUCAGGAUCAGCAUCAGCAUCAGGAUCAGCAUCAGGAUCAGCAUCAGGAUCAGCAUCAGCAUCAGGAUCUUCGUCAUCAUCAUCACCAAUGAAUUCAGCUCCAUCAUCAGUAGAUAAAAUAAAUCAAGCAGCAUCACCAGUUAAUGGGAAUAAUUUACCUGCAGUUGAAGAAUCUGAUAUUGAACAUGAAGAAUGUGAUUCUAUGUUGGCAUUAGAUUUCAAACAUACCAAUCCUAUUCCACAUAGUCCAAUUGAAGAAUUUCCAAGUAUUCCAAUUCCUAAAAAAGAAACCACAGCAACCACUGGUGGUGAAAACAUUCCUAUUCCAGUUGAAGAAGUACCACUUGAUUCCAAAAUUGAAUGUGAACCAUUAACUGAAAUUAAGGAUGAAGAUGAAGGGGAACAAGAAGAUGUUGAAGAUGAUAGAUUUAAAACAUCACUUAAUAUUCCACCAUCACCAAAACCUAAUUUUAAUUCAGAUGAAUUUGCUAAAGAAUCAUCGCCAUCUUCAUUAACUCAAGAAGAUGCUAGUUUCUGUGGACCAGCUGAAUCAAUUAUAAGUACUGAUAAUACUAAUAAACCAACAAAUAAUGAAGGAGAAGAGAAUAUUGGUGAGAAUCAACAAGGUUUUUGUACAUUAGCUGAUUUGAAAAUUCCUGUUUUAAAAGAAGCUACCGAUUUACAAUUGAAUAAAGAUGGAAGUUGUGAAUUAGGUUAUAAAAUUAAAAAACAUCAUCAUACUGAAGUUAGUAAUGUUUCAAAUACAGGUACUAGAAGAUAG